AUUUCAGUUACUCAAUGUUAAAGUUCAUGAUAAUUACACCUACACACACAACAAUGUUCACGAGCAUUAACAAUAGCAUAGUCAUAUGUCAGUAGCAUAUAGCGUAUAUAUAGUUUAGUGCAAAUGUUCAAAUAUGCAUUAGAAAAGCAAAAUAGCUUUUUAUUUCCAGAAUCCUACUCUGCAUUAAACAUACAAUGCAGUGUGGUCAUGUGACAUAUAAUACUAAUAAAUCCAAAUACUGUUUUAGUAUACAGUAAAUACUGUGCAUUAUUCAGUCAUCAUAAAACUAGUGGGCUACUCCCUUAAGUUAAGCUUAAGUUUCUAUUUCCCAGCUGUGAGAUUUUCAAAGGAGGCGUGUCUUGGAGGAAUCAUUUUAAAAACUCCCUCUGCUCUGUGAACUCAACUCACUACAGAUCGAUAAACAGAUAACUGCAAGAAACUUGGAGGAUCAGUUUUCACCAUACAAGAUCCACCUAUGGGAAGGGCAUCUGUCCCAGACCUCUGCAGAAGCAUCCAAAUGCACCAAGUCUGGCUUGUCAGAUAGGAGCGAGUGCCCAAAGGCAGUCAUCCAUCAUGGUGAGCACCCUGAAUGAACUGUCCCAGCUGAAACAAUCAGGCUUCGGUCAGCCAGAGCCGAGACAUGGCCUGAACCUGUUGUACUGGUUUGCUCAUGACUAUAUCCACGUCAGCAAUGGUGAUAUUGUCCCGAAAUUCAAGCCUCAGAAUGGAGACUUUGGCUUCCACAAAUACCAAAACAGAAUUGAAGAUGAUGAUCACAUUGUGCCUAUUCAGAAUCUCCCAUACUAUGAGGUGGGCAACCUGAACGCUCGAGGAGCAGACAAGCUCCCAGAUUAUGUCAGGGCAAAUCACAGCAGCAGAAAACCUGACAGCAACAAGGAUCGCAUUAUUGUGCGGCGGGACACCGAUGGCAGCUUCAAUAGGGUGUAUGUGACUGAACACAGUGACCCGAAACGAUUCGACAGCAGCAGAACCUACCGAGUGAGCCAGGGCCUUCUCAAGAUCAUCAAGAACAUGAGUCGAGAGGAUUAUCUCUCCAGCACUCGAGUAGAUCAUUUCAGAUUCACACCACAGAAUCAUUAUGAGACGGCACCUGACAACAACUCCUGGUGUACCAUUCUUUGAGCCAUUCAAAAGGCUGCUGACAUUAACCUGCUUUCAUUAUAUCAGUGAUUAUUAUAUAAAUUUUAUUAUGUAAUGGUGAAUUGAUUAAAGCAUCUACAGUAUUAGUGAUAGGUGAGUUUGAAUAACUGCUUCACGAAGCUUCGAGACCUUUAUGAAUCUUGUUUCGGAAUGAAUCGGCACACAAACCUUCACAGUAUUUCAGCAAACGAGGCUUCGCUACAUCCUACUGUUUUGAAACAUCUGUGGUUUGAGGAUAGUGUUGUGUUUAAAUGUAUUAAACCUGUGAUUAUAAAUGAUCUCAGGUUAUUCUUCUGUGCUUUUACAUGACUUUAACCAGCAGAUAUCACCAGCGUGCAUUGAUUCAUAUUUGCAAAUCGACUGGCUCGAUUGAAUCGCUUCUCUCGUCACUGUUAUUUAUUUUAUGUCUCCUGUUAUAAUCAAAUUUUGAUUCAUUUGCUGGUUUCCUGAUUUCUAUUAAAUGUGUGGUUUCUCUGGCUUGGUUUAAAAUAAAAUGACUUUGGGAACUCAAAA